CAUCCUUGCUGCAUUCCUCACGAAUAGAUACGUCCUAGUGCAGACGCAUCCGUACUUUUAUUUACUUCAAAAACUGAUAUCGUCAUCCAAUUUCAUAAACGGAAAUUCCAAGUGAAUAAAUACUCGAUAGCCGGUGUAUUCGAUACUUGUAUUACUGUUACGUAUAAAAGGCAGAGGAAGAAAAUAGCUCUUACAGUAUCGUACCUAAUUCUGAAGCUUCGAUUUGCCAAGAUGAAGAGUUUCAUAUUGGUCGUCAGUCUUUUUGUGGCUGUACUGAAUAUCUAUGUGACACAGGUCGCAGCAGAAACUUCAAUAAAGUGCACAAAACCGAAUGAGGAAUUCGCAAAUUGCGGAGAUGUUUGUCCCGUUUAUUGUGACACGCAUCUGCCCCGUCCCUGCCCCAAAAUAUGCAAACUAGGUGGUGGCUGCGUUUGCAAAAAAGGAUACGUUCGAAAGUCGAAGAGGAAUCCAAGAUGCAUCCUGAGAAAAUAUUGCCCAAAAAAAGGAAAAUAAGAAAAUUAAACGAAUUUGAUUGAAGUUAUAAAAUAUUUAAAAAAGUUGUCUGCAUUUUUAUAUAACAGUAAUGGACUUGCCAAAAUAAUUGUCAUUCGAGUACUUCAAUAAAAUUCAGUUUUCACAUAUCACAUACUCUGCACAGUCAAUUUUUCCAUAUUCAAAGAUGCGAUUGCGAAAAAUUCUUAGUAAGACUGUCUAAAUUAAUAUAAUAUUUAAGCCGAUAAGGAGGUAUUGGCCAAUUUAAAAUCUUGAGGAAACACAAAGGUUAUUAUGACUUUCAAGUAACCGUAAAUUGAAUAAAUGUAAAGAUUGUGCAAGUGUGUUGCAAAUUCUUUUAGAUUAGUCGCGUUUGCGUUUGCAGGUCUGUUAUUCAUAAUUUCAUUAUUGGGUAUAAAAAGCCACAAAAAUAAAUAUCAGUCACAUUACUGUUACAAUUGUCAAACGUAUCUGAUCAUGCAGAGUCUUAUUUUCACCAUUGCUCUGCUGCUGGCUGCCAGUUGCAUGGCAGUUAGUCCCCAUCCGUGUCCCAAGAAUUCCGAAUUCAAAGAGUGCGGAACACCCUGUCGUGCCACGUGUACAUACAAGCCUGGUAUCUGUGUCAAACGAUGCGAGAUAGGCUGUUUCUGUGUGAAGGGUUACAUACUCAAAAAUAACUCAACAUUCACCUGUAUCAAGGAGGAAGACUGCUGUCAGUAUAUUUUGGUAGAAUAAAGAAUAAUUUAAUAAUCAAACGAAUGUAAAAUCAAUAAAUAAAUACAGUGCAUUUAGACAUA